AAACUGAAAGCGAUAAACUGCAACAAAAACAAAUUAUAUAUUUGCGUAAAAUACGAAUAUAAAAUGGUAAUUAGAAAAAAGUAAAUUCACUAACAAUUGGCAACAUUUCGAGAAAAUAUUUUGUGGAUCUGACGCAAUUAUGCAAGUUGCAACUUCGGCAACAACUAACUGUACUUGGUGGUAGGCCUCCUGUUGUGGUGGUUGCGCAGAGACUCCACAAAUCGGCGAUGCUAAGCGCUUCGAAGUUUUAAAAAUCACAGUCGAAUCAGCAGCUCAAUGAAUACCAAACAUUCCGAACCAUUCUAUAUCUCAUCCAAUUUGUUUGACAACAGGCGCCUUAAGCGCCGCCUGAGCAAAUGGAUGGAACGCCUGCGGGAACGGCAACAGCUCUACAUGGCGCCUGCCUCCAAGACUGAACGUUGCCAUCUAAUGUUAUCGCGACGUCACGUGGCUGCUGCACUGCCCGCGGACAUCACAAUUGAUCUGCUGUCGGAUGAUGAUGAUGAUGACGACGAAGCGCCUGACUUAUCAGUGGCCAACGGACAUCAUCUACCAUCUAGGCCUAUGCCUGGCAGCUUGCAACUAUCGACGAUGCCGAACAUAAGCCUAGUGCCGGUUGAGUUGGCGCCGGCGCAAAGCUCUACCAUGCUGCUGAUGCCAGCUGCUAGAAGUCGGGGUGGUGAUGACAAAUUGUAUCGGCCUCGAAAACGUUAUGCAGAUGUCACCUCCACAACGGCAACCACAUUUUCCGACAGCAUUGUGCUCACCAGUGACGACGAGAACGGCACGCUGAAUUAUGGCAGCCGUCAAUUGAUGCGCUCGCCGCCACCAUUGGCGCCGCUCACAUUUUCCGAUAACAUGGAAGAGGUGACUGUGUCGUUGGUUCCCCGGACUUCAACUACUGCCAACUGUCAAGCGCGCCAGAGACGCCGUCAGCCACGAGACGCAUCGUUUAGUCAUCCAAACAGUUGCAGCACGCCCAGCAACGCCACAAACCACUUCGAUGGUUUCCUAAAUGUGGAUGUGGGCAGCGAUGUGACGGCUACACUACCGGAUGAAACCACCGUGCACACGGUCAUCGCCAAUCGCAUCUACGAGCUGUCGCUAAGCAAGCUGCGUGAAGGACUCGCCUCCAGUGGCGUGCCGGAAUACGCACACGAUCUGCUGCCGGAACAGCUGCAAAAGCUGUCGCCGGCGAUGCGUGCCAAGGUAGCGCCAAUGGUGGCACCGUCGCCUCCGGCGCCCAUUUCGCUUAAGCUUUCCAGCGACCUAAGCAUAUCAUUGAUCUCAGACGACGACGAGUGUGAUGGUGGAAAUGCUGGCGGCGGCGGCGGUUGCAAGAGCAUAGAUGUGCUGCAUCCCGUGGUAGCGGCCGAGGCACAUGCUGCCGCCAAGCUACUGAAACAGCAACAGCCACAAUUGUCUGUUGUGCAGCAUCUACAGUAUCCCGGCCAUGGCUCACCCGUAGCUCUGCCGGUCGUAGCGCCACCGACUUUGACAGGGCCACAGUCGACUAGGCGUCGCAAACUAGGUUAAAGUUCUUGGAACGCCACAAAAUCAUUCCCCGACCCGAACACUUGCAUCCCCACCCUUGCCCCACAUACAAAACAAAUGUAGCGGUCCAGAAUUUUUCUCUAACUAGCCUCUAGUGCAAAUAUAUAACAUAUUUACAUAGAUAUGUAGUUCCGAUUCUUUGCAGUUUCAGCAGUUCCGAGCAUGGUGCAGAUUGUGUUUCUCUUUCGUACUCGCUUGUGUCUGCCAUCUCCCAUCUCUCUCAUACUUUAAGCCUUUUUGAACGUACAAAAUCGGGCAGAAAAAGUCUGCAAAGCUUACAAAAAACAGUAAACCUAUAAAGAAUAAUAGAAAUAUAUUUAUGCGAACGGGAUACACAAUAUUUAUGUAAUAUAAUUAUAGACAAAAAGUAGAAUUAUAUUUGUAUACGAAAACUAUACAACUGUUAUCUGUACAAUUUGUAUUCGUUUGGACAGUUUUAUGUAAAUAUUAAAUAUAUCAAUUGUCAUUGUGCUACUUGUCUACAUUUUUUAAUAGAAAGACCCCGGAUCUCGAUGAUCUUAUCCUCUCUAUGUGAAU